GCAACAACAUCUAAAAUAAGCAUCAAAAUCAUAUAUACAAAGUGCUUAAUUAACUUCUCUAAACCUUCAAAUUGUUCGUAAAAUUUCUUAUUCCAAUUAAUCACUAUGUUAUUAUUCCCUAAUAACAUUGUUGGUGAAAAAUGGCUAGGAUUUGUGACAGCCAUAUGGGUUCAAGCAAUAUGUGGAAACAAUUAUACAUUUGCAAAUUAUUCUGAUGUGUUAAAGUCUCUAAUGGCUUUGACUCAAAUGCAGCUUAAUAAUCUCUCUGUUGCUAAAGAUGUUGGUAAAGCUUUUGGUAUUUUAUCAGGUCUUGUUUCUGAUCGUUGGCCAACUUCAAUUAUUCUUAUGAUUGGUGCUGUUUUGGGAUUCAUUGGCUAUGGUGUUCAAUGGCUUGUUGUUAGCCAAAGAAUAGCUCCACUUCCUUAUUGGAUGAUGUGUAUAUUCUUAUGUAUGGGAGGAAACAGCUCAACAUGGAUGAACACAGCAGUACUUGUAACUUGCAUGAGAAACUUCUCAAAAAACCGCGGUCCAAUUUCCGGCAUUCUAAAGGGUUAUGUAGGACUCAGCACAGCAAUCUUCACUGAUAUAUGCACAGCUUUGUUUUCUUCAGACCCAUCAAAAUUCCUCUUAAUGCUCACAAUUGUUCCUGCUGUCAUUUGUUUCAUUGCUGCUAUUUUCCUUCAUGAAACUCCACCAGCUUCAACUUCAACAGAAGAAAACCAAGAGACAAAGUUCUUCAAUGUGUUUAACUUGAUUGCAGUUACGGUCGCAGUUUAUCUCUUGACAUUUGAUAUAACUGGACCUCAUAAACAUGUUAUUUCAAUGAUUUUCACAUUAGGACUUUUGAUCCUAUUAGCUAUGCCACUUCUUGUUCCUUUAUAUUUAGCUAUCUUCAAAACUAGUCCUAGUAUUGACAAAGAAAAACAGAUUCAUGAACCAUUGCUAGCCGAAAAGAUUGAAAAGGAAAAUGAAAAGGAAAAGGAAAAGGAAGAGACAUGUAACAAGGUAGAGGAAGAUGAGAUUAAGCGAAAACCAGUGUUAGGAGAAGAGCAUACUAUCAUUGAAAUGGCGAAAACGGUUGAUUUUUGGGUUUUGUUUGUGUCAUUUCUUUGUGGUGUGGGAACAGGACUAUGUGUUAUGAAUAACAUGGGACAAAUGGGAUUAGCACUUGGUUACCGCGAUGUUUCGUUGUUCAUUUCAUUCAUUAGCAUUUGGGGUUUCUUUGGACGGAUUCUUUCCGGUUCGCUCUCUGAAUACUACAUCAGGAAAUCGGGCAUGCCAAGGCUAGUAUGGAAUGCAGCUUCUCAAAUUCUGAUGUUUUUCGGUUACAUUGCAUUAGCUAUGGCCUUACCAGGAUCACUCUACAUUGGAUCAAUGUUAGUAGGAAUAUGCUACGGAGUUCGUCUUACGAUAACACCAGCAGCAGCUUCAGAACUAUUUGGUCUCAAAUACUAUGGUUUAUUAUACAACAUUCUCAUUCUCAAUCUUCCUAUUGGUUCAUUCUUAUUUUCUGGUCUCAUUGCUGGUUAUCUUUAUGAUAUUGAAGCCACUAGUGUUCCGGGAGGCGGAAACACUUGUAUUGGAGCACAUUGUUUCAUGCUUGUUUAUUUGAUUAUGGCUUUUGCUUGUGUCAUGGGGUGUGGAUUGGAUUUGUUACUUGCAGUUAGAACAAAAGAGUUAUAUUCCAAGAUACAUAUAGAGAGAAAUCUUGUGAAUUCUCAAGUUCAACAUUGAGAUGAUUAUGAUGUUUUGACUUUUUUUAGCAUAGGCUUAGGAAAUUUUUAAGAGGAAUUAAUUUAGACUUUUAUGUUAGGAGAUGAUUGUCAAUGUGUGUUAUUCAAAGGUCACUCAAAUUUGAAAUAAGUUAUGUAUGUAUUGUUUAAUGUGUAUAUAUUAAGUAAUAGUGAGUUGUUUUAGUGAGUUGUAAAUUUCAGUCUUUGAUUCUAUCUAGUUACGGCUCUCUAGUUUGGCGAAUUGCACAAGUCGGCUAUAAGUGAUCUUGAAAUUGACCAAAUUCAUCACAAAUAUAAAAUCCAAGUUCUUGGUGGAAAGGAGACAAAGAUUGGCAACAACAACCAUGUUUGUUGCUAUUGGAUCCAUUGUAGGAGUGUUUUCAGAUCUUCCUAGAUAAAAAGGAUAUUGAAACUUGGAAAUUGUAAGUUGAUAUAUAUAAAAUUUAUGAAUUUAAUCGGAUGCUAAAAGUUAGCUUAUCUUUUGCUUAACUUUA